AUGGCAACGAAUACAGAGACAGCUCAACUGAACGCCUAUCCAUCUCCGUAUCCAGCCCCAUCAAAAUCUACCUCAGGCACCGUGAAUGGCCGGCUCACUUCCGUCACGUCAAUCGGCUUCGCAGACAAGAUCCUCAUCACCAUCACACAAGCCGGCAAACUGGCUCACUGGGUUCACGUUCCUCUGUCAACAGCAUCAGCCGACCCGAUGAAUCCAGGACCAAUGGCAGGCUCUGGUUCUGAGAACGACUUACUUCCGAUGACACACUUGACAGCUACGACAGUUCUCGGUGGCACGAAGCGGGAGGAUGAGGUCGUCGGUCAGACUCUGGCCACUACAAUUGGCAGCGCUAUCUUGAUGAAGCGAUCUAGUGAGGAGCGGCUUCUUGUGGUCGGGCUGGGCUUGGAGGAUGCGGCUGGGAUUUUGACUGGACGGGCGCAGUUCGACGAAGUGGUUGGCUUGGUGCUCGAAGUGCUUUCCUGA